UCAUAUGAGUAGUCAGUGUUGCAUGUAUCUGUAGCUGUGGAAGAGUGUUAAAUGAAUAUUAAUGAGAUGCCCAGUUUUGGUUCCCUCCCCAGCCCCCUCCACUGCUUGCACUACUUUCUGGCUGGGCCCUGAACCCCAGAAGCAUGAGUGAGAGAACGGCACUAGGGGCCACCAUGGAGACCAUGACCCUGGAGGAGCCCGGGGGUGAACAAGCCUCUCCCCGGGCCCCAGGGCCCCUCCGCUGUGGCCCCUGUGCGGUGUGGCCACGGCAGCAGACCUGGCUUUGCGUUGUACCCCUGCUGAUGGGGUUUGUGGGCCUAGGCCUCAGCCUGAUGCUUUUAAAGUGGAUUGUGGUGGGCUCAGUGCAGGAUUAUGUCCCAACUGACCUGGUGGAUGCCAAUCGCAUCGGACAGGACCCCAUUUUCCUAUCUAAACCCAGUGCCCUGCCCAAGGGUUCUGAUGGCUCCACAUCUACCACUUCCACAACGCCCUCAGCGGCUCCGGGUUCAGCAACCCGUGCAGCUGAGGGUACAGGUACAGUGCAAAGGACUCGAAUUGGGCAGUCCUCAAACCACACGGCCAGUAGCAGUAGCAGCAGUGGAGGAGGUGGUGGAGCCUUAGGGGGAGGCUCAGGAAACAGAGCUCCACACCUGCAUAACAGAGUGGGAACACGAUUGACCAACACCACCACCGCCACCAAUCCUGCCCCACCGGGAGGAAAGGAGGUGACCCCACGCAGCACAACUGUCCGAAAACCCAGCGGGGAGGGUGUGAGCCGAAAUGUAUCUCCUUCUGCACGGGCUGGGCCACCGACUACCACGAGCAUGACAACCACUAUGAUUAUGAUGAGCACAACCACCACCCAAGCGGCCCAACCGACCUCCACCCUCGCGUCCCCCUCCAAGCCUGGUCAACGCUGGAAUCAUGGGCGCUCCUCCAAGGGCCCUUCAACCAAGCCUACUCGCCCACACCAUCGCUUCAGGACGCUUGCCCCCACAACCUCCACCAUACGUUCGGAGUUCUUCAAGCCGUGCCAAGCCAGUCAGGAGAUGGCCUUCUGUUUGAAUGAGGGAGAGUGCUUCAUCAUUGAAACAGUGGCAGGUGUACACAGACACUGCAG